AUGAAUGAAUCACCGCCAUCGUCGUCAUCGUCGAUAGGCGCUUCCAGAAAGAAAGUCCGAGCCAGCAGAGGUGCAGCAGUAUCAACAGCGGUGGAGAGUAAUGCCUUCAUCCCUCCACUCCGGUUGGACCACCCAAGGGAGACUUCUUACCUGGGGAUAUCACAAUCCUUGAUAUUUACCCUGGUCGAGGUCUACUUUGAGAAGGCGCACAAUGCUAGUCUUCUACUGCAUAAAGGACUAUUCUUGGAGUCCUUAAGAUCUGGCAAGGCCAAUCCUCAUGUGGUCUUGAGUGUCUGUGCAUGGGCAGCCAACUUUUAUCGUGAUGAUCAUGGAGAACCAUCGCUGAAGAACCACGGCUUCAUGAUCGAAUGGGCCAAACGAGCUGGGAAGCUGGUCUUUGCCGAUGCUGAAGACCUCUGCGACGACAAUAUCGUAACAUUCUCAAUUCUCGCUCUCUUCUGGUAUAGUCAGGGAUCAUGGAGGCUUUGUUAUCUACAUAAAGGUAAUGCAUAUGGCCUUCUUCACAUUCGGGGACUUGGUUCUGCAAAGCUACAUACACAGAAUUCACUGGAGUCCGAGAUACGACGUCGGCGCUUGUGGGCAUGUUAUCUCGCACAUUGCACAUUGGGAGAGAACUUGUCGCUCUUCGAGCCAGUUGCUGAUAUAACGAGGUUGCCACUUCCUUGGCCAGAGGCAGAUUUUGAGGCAGGAGUUUCUCGAGGGGCUCCCGUAUGUCUCGCAUCUGGUGGCAGUGGUGGUGGCAUCUAUGCCGAGAUGGUAAAAGCCAUGACAUUGUGGGCGACCGUGUUCUCGCUGAUUAAGUGUCCCGAGACCAGUAUCAGCGAAAGAAUGACGGGCAUUUAUGCGCUGGAUGACGAUCUAAAGAUAUGGUGGCGGAGUUUACGAUCAAAUUGGAAGCUCACACCCUCCACCAUUGGCUCGAUACCCGCAGAUCGGCUUACGAACAUCUUAUUGCUGAAUGUCAUCUAUCAUCAAUCUCUCAGUGCAUUGCAUGCCUCUGUCGUCCCCCUUUUCUCGUGGAGUGCCGGCGAUACCAACUGGUCUUCCGCCCGACAGGCCUCAGCACAAGUCGCAUUUGAGCAUGCAAGUGCAGCUUCGGCCUUAAUCGAAGCCACAAUUGCCACAGGACAGAGUGUGCUGCAUACAUUCAUCGCGUACGCGGCAUACAGUGGUUGUGCUAUCCAGAUCCCCUUCAUGUGGUGCUUGAACCCUGCUAUAAAAGCGCGAGCAAUUGCCAACGUCAAAGCGAAUACCAAAAUGAUUCGUACAAUGUCGCAGUACUGGAAAUUCGCUUCCUUACUGGAAAUCCAUGUCGGCUGCCUAUACAAUAUUCACAAAAGCCACGCCCCAAUCCUCGAGGAUGAGCCCAAGAACGUCGACAUCCAGAAACUCAUCGAUUUCAAAAUCGAUGCGGCCUAUGCACGAACUUCGAUACUAGGAUUUGUUGCGAUCCUCCGCAACCGAGGAGAUGGCGUUGCAGAUCGUGGAGACGAGAACAAGGAUCUGGGAAUUCAAGAUAGCAGCAUUCAGUCUCCUGGACAAGCUCAACGGCAGGAAAAUUCAAGAGAUGAGGACGGAUUAACGGCAAUUGCUCCAGAACUUGUCACCGAGGGAGGACUAUAUACUCUCCUGCACACGAACUCGAAUUCGGCCCAGACUCGCUCACAGAACACCAGUAUACCCGAGUCCUCAGCUCAUCAACAAUCGCCACCUCACCGUAUGAUACAAGAUCACGGCCAGGAGAGUCAACCGGAACAUGCAGAUCAACUCUACCCAAUAGUUGACGACAACGACUUUACUGAACACGUCUUCGAGCAGCAGGAAUCACUAGACGUGUGCCGUCCCUUCUUUGAUCCGACAAUGCUGGACCUCUUCCCUGAUGGCGAGAUGCCGGAUUUGUCGCACUUCGAGACAAGUCUGUCGAGCUUGGAUUACUUCGAGCUGGAUGAUUGGAACAUGUCCACCAGCCUAAUGGAUCAAUCGUCGGAUCACUGA